AGCCGGAGCGGGAGUCGGAGCCGGACCCGGAACCGGAGCCGGAGUCGGAGCCGGACCGGGGAUCGUGACCGUGAUCCCUGAUAGGAGCAGCAACCGCCGCCGCCGCCGCCGCCGCCGCCGCCGCGGCCGCCCAAGAUGUGGAGCAGCUCCAGCCGGCGGCGAGACCAACGCCGGAAACUUAGCCUCCUGCUGCUGGCGGUCAUAAGCUUCCUGCUGGUCCGCAGGUACCUGCCCCUUAAGUUGGACGACUGUGGGCGUAAGGUGGCUCCCAGGUUUAACUGGAGUGAACUGGUCUCCAUAAGGCAUUGGAACCGGCAUUUGGGACUGCAGGCUGAGGGACCGAACUUCUUGCUGGAGGGCUCCAACUUCCAAAUUUUGGGGGGCUCUAUACACUACUUUCGAGUGCCCAGGGAAUAUUGGAGAGAUCGAUUGCUGAAGUUGAAGGCCUGUGGCUUAAACACCCUCACUACGUAUAUUCCCUGGAAUCUCCAUGAGCCGGAAAGAGGAAAGUUUAACUUCAGUGGGAACUUGGAUGUAGAGGCCUUUGUCCAGAUGGCAGCAGAUAUUGGGCUGUGGGUGAUUCUGCGCCCUGGUCCCUACAUCUGCAGUGAGUGGGACCUUGGGGGCUUGCCCAGCUGGUUACUCCAAGAUUCCCACAUGGAGCUGAGAACAACCUAUAAUGGCUUCAUUUCAGCUGUGGAUCAUUAUUUUAAUCAUCUGAUUCCCAGAGUGGUUCCACUGCAGUACAAGCAGGGAGGGCCCAUCAUCGCCGUGCAGGUGGAGAAUGAAUACGGCUCCUAUGACAAGGACUCAAACUAUAUGCCCUACAUUAAGACGGCCCUGUUGAAUAGAGGGAUCGUUGAGCUGCUUAUGACUUCAGACAACAAGGAUGGCCUGAGUGGAGGCUUCUUGGAAGGAGUGCUGGCUACUGUCAAUUUGAAGCAUGUGGAUUCCAUGAUUUUCAACUAUCUCCAUUCAUUCCAGGAAAAUAAGCCCACAAUGGUGACAGAAUAUUGGACGGGAUGGUUUGACACAUGGGGUGGUCCCCACAACAUCGUGGAUGCUGACGAUGUGGUGGUCACUGUUUCCUCUAUCAUCCAGAUGGGUGCCUCCCUCAACCUUUACAUGUUUCAUGGAGGAACCAACUUUGGUUUCAUGAACGGGGCUCAGCAUUUUGGUGAAUACAAGGCUGAUGUCACGAGCUAUGACUAUGAUGCCGUACUGACGGAAGCUGGGGAUUACACACCCAAGUUCUUCAAGCUUCGGGAGUUCUUCAGCACCAUCAUAGAUAAUCCACUGCCCCACCCGCCUGCCACAAUGCCGAAGGCCUCCUACCAUGCUGUGAAGCCCUCACACUACAUGUCACUGUGGGAUGCCUUGGAGCACGUGGGCAAGCCAUUUGAAAGUGAGAAGCCUAUCAAUAUGGAGAAUCUGUCAGUGAACCAAGGCAAUGGCCAAUCCUAUGGGUACAUACUCUAUGAGACUUCUAUCUAUGAAGGAGGCACUCUUUCCUCCAAGGACCACAUUCGGGACCGGGCCCAGGUGUUUGUGAACAAGAUAUACAUUGGAUACAUGGCCUAUGGAUUUGAAGAACUGCCUAUCCCUAAGAGUCAGGGUCAUCGUAAGCUGAGUAUCCUAGUGGAGAAUCGUGGUCGAGUCAACUAUGGCCGGAUGCUCAAUAAACAGCGGAAAGGAUUAAUUGGUGAUAUCUAUCUGAAUGAAUCCCCCCUACGGAAUUUCAAAAUCUACAGCCUAGAGAUGAAAGAAAACUUCUUCCAGAGUCUGUCCUCCAUCAAAUGGAAUCAGGUCCCAGAGGAAGCCACAGGUCCAGCCUUCUUCCGGGGGACUCUUCAUGUUGACUCAAUAGCCCUGGAUACCUUCCUGAAGCUGGAGGGCUGGGUCAAGGGAGUGGUAUUCAUCAAUGGCCGGAACCUUGGGCGCUUCUGGAACAUCGGUCCCCAGGAAACUCUCUACCUCCCAGGCCCCUGGCUGCACUCGGGAGACAAUGAGGUCAUCGUGUUUGAGGAACAAUCAGGCAUGAUCAUCCAGAGCAUGGACACACCCUACCUAGGCAGGAGUCACUACAUUGACUGAGCACCUGGCUCCAUAUUACUCAGGAAAUUCUUGGCUGGGGCAGAGAAGAAGGAGGCCGAGAGCCUCUUCUCUCCAGAGCCUUCGGAUGCCUUUUCAGAUGUCUCUCUACAGCGAGAGGAUCUUCUUCAGAACCAGCUCUGGGGAGGAACCUCUUUUACUCAUCACCUCGUGGCCUCUUGCCCAACUGGAAAGAAUGUGGAGGGAGGGGACAGUUGUCCUAGCUGCCAUUAUAAACAUGAACCCUUUCUUGGGUUGUUUUUGUGGGGGGUGGGUCUCAUGCUUGCCCUGCCAGAUUGUAGAUGAAGGGGAGAAACUCUCCGGAGCGAACUGCUGUGGGUCUCUAGACUAGAUGCUGAGACCAGUAGGUAAGAAGACAUUUGGCAAAUCGAAGCCUCCAUUCUCUGACUGAUCAGUUGGGAGGUAAAUAUCACUUUCUGUUUUAGCCCUAGUAACAAUUUAAUUUGAACACUUCUCAAGGCAGAGCCUACUGCUGUCUAGCAAGGAACAUUAUUUCUUAGGUAUUUCCCAUCUGCUGAAGAAGUCAGUUUGAUACCAGUCACUGACAAUUGGGGGUUGGGAAAUGGUGUGGAGCCUGAGGGACACUCUGACCUUCCCUCCCCCUCUCUCCCUCCAUAAAUGCCUGGAGCCCUAGGAUAUAUAUAGCAGAGAAAGCUCUAUUUGCAGGACAUAAGACAUUCUCUUCCCACCCCUUCCCACCACAAACCCCUAGAAUAGGAGUGUAAUGUAACUAGUAGAGAGGCCAAAGUAUGUGGUGGUCAGGUCAGGAGGGCCCAGCCAAUUUAUCUGAUUCCCCUCCCCCUGCCCCCAUUUUUAAAAUAAUGGAUAAACCUACUGCAAGUUUUAUUUAAACAGUAAAGGAAGCACUUGUGGGUAGGGAAGGUAGAUGUCCUGAGGUACCAUUGUACCUGCAAGAGGUUUUCACCUUGAAUCACUAAACACUCAGAGAAUGUGGGACUACUCCAGAGGGGUCUCUGCCAGAUCCCUCCUACCUCCCCUCCCACAAACCACCUUUCUGACUCUCCUUGCCUGUCUUUUCUUCCCAAAUCCAAACAGCAGGAGAGGCCUCAGGGGAAGAGGCCGGCUCUGGCCCUCUUUUUCCUUUGGGAAUGGUUUUCUUUUUCCUCAGUUGAGGUGUUGCUGUUCUGGGAAUGAUGCCCAAUGGGUUGGUUCAGUUGUGUCUGAAUUGCAAUAAAGUCAUUGCUUGAAGUUUUUCCUGAA